UCCAUUAAAGAGGGAAAUGUCCAACCAAACCACUGUCUCCUCAUUAUGACAGCUGUAACUCUCAAACAUAAGCAUCAUUCCCCCAUGUUCUUUUUCUUGAUUAAUUUGUCUCUCCUGGACCUUGGCUCCAUCUCAGUGACCAUGCCCAAAUCCAUGUCUAACUCUUUAUUGAACACCAGGUCGCUCUCCUACUCUGGAUGUGUUGCCUAAGUGUUUUGUCUCUUCUGCUUCUUGGGAGCAAAUUUAUCCCUUCUCACAGCUAUGGUAUGUGACUGAUACAUUGCUGUCUGCAAACCACUGCAUUGUGAGAUGAUAAUGAACAGGAGAGCUUGCACCCAGAUGGCUGUCUGUGCUUAGGCUGCUGGUGUUGUCAACUCUGCAAUGCACACUGGGAACACCUUUACCAUACCUUUCUGACACUCAAAUACCAUCAACCAGUUCUUCUGUGAAGUACCCCAGCUGCUCAAGCUCUCCUUCUCUGACACAUACCGCAGCCGGGACCCUGUAUGCAUGCGACUCAGGGGAAAGUGGUCUAAAGGUCUGUUAUAUGCAUGACAGUAGAUACAGAACCAUGACCCUGCUAAUGAUUGCUGAGCUAAUACUUUUGUCAAUGUGAUGCCUUGCAACGGAGCUUGGUUGUCCGAGGACUUGCACGGUGCCCUGGGAAGGAAGAUGCCCAACUGCACCACUGUAACCGAGUUCCUCCUCCUGGGCUUCUCUGACACUCGGCAGCUGCAGAUCUUACACUUCGUCAUCUUUCUGGCAGCGUACCUGGCAGCUCUGGUGGGGAACCUCCUUGUUAUCACUGCUGUAACUACGGACCACCACCUCCACAGCCCCAUCAUUGCCUACACGAAGCCCGUCUCUGACUCCCCGUCCCCUCUGGAUCUCUUGGCAGCUGUCCUGUAUUCUGUGGUGCCUCCAUUGAUGAAUCCAGUCAUCUACAGCAUGAGGAACAGGGAGAUCCAAGCUGCCCUGAGGAAACUGCUCCACGGGCUGAUCCGCUCCAAGAACAGUCUGUCCAUCUUUUUUUCAUGACUUUGCUUUACUUAUGUUUUUCUUUUCUAAUUUACACAUGAAAUUAGUUUUUUCAUAGUAUUGUGUGAAUCCUCCAUAUAUAAAAUGAAGGUGGUGGGUUAAUUCUGUAACUCUGUAAUGUCAAAGACCUGGCUUUUAUCAUUAUGUGUUGACACUGUUGAAGUGGGAAAGUAAUGUUUUAUGCAUCAAUUUUACUGUUUUUGCACCAUCUAAAAUGAAUCCCACCAAUUGCAAGAUAAUGAAGAAUUAAAGUGUUUUGUUUACUAA